AAAAAACACGAAAAAGAGACAUAGGACAGCACAAGAGUGGGUCUGUGAGUAGUAGUUUAUCUACCUUUCUUUGAUAUCUCCGCCCUCACAAACCUUGGAGUAUUUCUUAAUAAACUUCUCUAAAACCUCCAUUUUUCCUCCCUAAGCUCAUAAACAUCUCAAUCUCUCCAUUCUUUCGAUCUCUUCCUCUCAUCACCAACAAUGCAAUCCUCACUUUCUCUCUCCCUUUCAUCGUCUUCCUCAAUCAAUCAUAGAUCAAACCAUAACUUCGAUUUCCCCUCCAUUGUUGCGAAACCUCUCAAUCUCAAUCUCAAUCUUCGCUUUUGUGGACUUCGCAGAGAAGCUCUGAGUUUCUCCGCUACUUCUCGCCGAGUUCAGGUUCUCAGUCGCCGAGUUCCGAGUUGUAUCUCCGCUGCUUUAUCCACUAAUGGUAGCUCUCCUAAGACAUUUGAUUAUGAUCUCGUUAUAAUAGGUGCUGGUGUUGGUGGUCAUGGCGCUGCUCUUCAUGCCGUUGAGAAGGGCCUUAAAACUGCGAUCAUUGAAGGAGAUGUAAUAGGAGGGACUUGUGUGAACAGAGGCUGUGUCCCAUCUAAAGCACUGCUGGCAGUCAGUGGGAGGAUGCGUGAGCUUCAAAACGAGCAGCAUUUGAAAUCCUUUGGAAUACAGGUUGGAGCUGCUAAUUAUGAUAGACAAGGAGUUGCUGAUCAUGCAACCAACCUUGCAUCAAAAAUUCGUGGAAACCUGGCUAAUUCACUCAAGGCACUUGGAGUGGAUAUAUUAACUGGCUUUGGUACAAUCUUGGGUCCACAAAAGGUAAAAUAUGGAGAAGAUAAAGUUGUAACUGCCAAAGAUAUAAUAAUUGCAACUGGAUCAGUUCCUUUUGUACCUAAAGGCAUUGAAGUUGAUGGAAAGACUGUUAUUACCAGUGAUCAUGCACUAAAAUUGGAGUCUGUACCUGACUGGAUAGCAAUUGUGGGGAGUGGCUACAUUGGUCUGGAGUUCAGUGAUGUCUAUACAGCUCUCGGAAGUGAGGUCACUUUCAUAGAAGCUCUGGAUCAGCUUAUGCCUGGUUUUGACCCAGAAAUUUCAAAAUUAGCACAGAGAGUGCUUAUUAAUCCCAGGAAAAUUGAUUAUCACACUGGAGUUUUUGCAACAAAGAUCACUCCUGCGAGGGAUGGAAAACCAGUCACUAUUGAGCUUACUGAUGCCAAGACCAAGGAGCCCAAGGAUACAUUGGAGGUUGAUGCGGCACUGAUUGCGACUGGAAGAGCACCAUACACCCAGGGCCUUGGUUUAGAAAAUAUCAAUGUUGUUACUCAACGAGGAUUUGUUCCUGUUGAUGAGCGCAUGCGAGUUAUAGAUGGAAAUGGCAAGCUGGUGCCUAACCUGUAUUGUAUCGGUGAUGCAAAUGGUAAAAUGAUGUUGGCUCAUGCUGCUAGUGCCCAAGGAAUCUCAGUUGUUGAACAGGUCACUGGAAGAGAUCAUAUUCUCAACCAUUUAAGUAUCCCAGCUGCAUGUUUCACUCAUCCAGAGAUUAGCAUGGUUGGAUUGACCGAGCCUCAAGCCAAGGAGAAAGCUGAAAAGGAGGGAUUUGAAAUAAGCGUGGCCAAGACAAGUUUCAAGGCAAAUUCAAAGGCACUGGCAGAAAAUGAGGCAGAGGGACUUGCUAAGUUGAUAUAUAGGCCCGACACCGGGGAGAUCCUUGGAGUACAUAUAUUUGGAUUGCAUGCAGCAGACCUCAUUCAUGAAGCAUCUAAUGCUAUCGCGAUGGGAACACAUAUACAAGAAUUGAAGUUUGCUGUUCAUGCACACCCCACGCUCUCUGAAGUGGUAGAUGAGCUUUAUAAAGCUGCUAAGGUUAAAGUUCAUGCUUCUUCUACAGUUAAAGAACCAGUUGCAGUCUAAGCUGGGCCAAUAAAUAUUUGCUUGUAUUAGAAUUAUUUCAAUGAAAACUAGGGACGCCAAAUGCCCAACUGGUGUGAUAAAGCUUUUAUCACCACUUGCUACAUUACAGACACGCAUACUUCUGCAACUGCUAUGAUUACCGGUUUCCAAGUUAGGUUGCAUUGCGUUCUUCAGCUUACUCUGGUAUCUUGCGAGAAGACUACAUUCAUGACCACUGUCUCAGAUUAUUUUAGAGCUGCAAAGGAAUUAGGUUACUCAUACUUAAGGUUCUAGUUUUUUAUGUUAUAAACAAGAUAAUGCCGGACUAAUUUAUAAUAGAAACUUCAUCAGUAUGUGUUCCUGCAAGAUCUUGUAUCGGUUAAUGAGUCUUUUGGAAUGUUAUUGACUAUACUUGAAAUUAUAAUUUGCAGUUCAAACUUUUUAUUA